AUGGCGGAUGGGGCGCGCGCGGGGCGCAGCCCGGGGUCCAGCCCGCGGCCGGGCGGGCGGGGGGGCGGUGUCCCGCCGGGCCACGCGUUCCGCAGGGUCACCCUCACCAAGCCCACCUUCUGCCACUACUGCACGGACUUCAUCUGGGGGCUCGCCGGCUACCAGUGCGACGUUUGCAACUUCAUGUCUCAUGAAAAGUGCCUCAAGAAUGUUAAGAUACCAUGCUCAUGUAUUGCUCCCAGCCUUGUAAGGGUUCCAGUUGCACACUGUUUUGGGCCUCCAGGACAUUACAAAAGGAAGUUUUGCACUGUGUGCAGAAAGUCAUUAGAGUCACCUGCCCUUCGAUGUGAAGUUUGUGAGCUACAUGUGCACACAGACUGUAUCCUGUUUGCUUGCAGUGACUGCCGGCAGUGUCACCAGGAUGGGCACCAGGAUCACGAUACUUAUCACCACCACUGGAGGGAGGGAAACCUUUCUUCAAGUGCUCGUUGUGAAGUUUGCAAAAAAACCUGUGGCUCUUCCGAGGUGCUCUCUGGCAUGAGAUGUGAAUGGUGCGGCAUCCUGGCUCAUGCUGCUUGCUACAUAAUUGUCACACCAGAAUGUACUUUUGGAAGAUUGAGGAAUAUGAUUCUUCCUCCAAGCUGUGUGCAAUUAUUUUCUCGCAACUUCAGCAAACUGCAUUGUUUUCGAAUAUCAGAAAAUUUGCAAACAGAAGCAGAUGAAGAUGAUGAUGUUGAUGGGUUGACACAGGGAUCAGCAAAAGAUGUCCAAAUUUCAACCGAUUCAAGUAAACAGAUAUUAAAGAUAUUUGAUGGGAAUGAUGCAGUGAAACGCAAUCAAUUUCGACUAAUUUCAGUUCCAAGGAUUGCAAAAAAUGAAGAAGUUGUGGAAGCUGCUUUGAGGGCAUAUUACAUAAAUGAUGACCAGCAGGAGUAUGAGCUUCAGACCUUUACACAGCAGGCGCUGCUGUCUGAUGAUGUUAUCAACAGGAAUGAUGCUGCAGAGGACAGCAACUUGGGCUCAGUAUUCCGAGAAUCCAUUCCUGAAGCUUGGAUCAUCAGAGCCAAACCAAAGGACGAGGAAGUGAUCAGGAUUUAUCCUGCCUGGCUGAAGGUAGGAAUGGCAUACAUUUCUCUCCGAAUAAAUAAGGAUAGCACUACACAGACUGUGAUCAAAGAAGUGCUUCCAUUACUUGGAAGACAGAUGGAAUCCCUCCAGAAUUUCAAAUUGGUGGAAGUUCUUAUGGGGAGCAAGCAAGUUCAACGCAUGGUCCUGGACAAUCAGGAACUGAUUCUUAACAGACUCAAGGACAUAAGAAAGACUUCAAUACGUCAGAUGAAUCAAACAAGAUUUUACAUUGUGGAAAACAAUAAAUCGAUUGUACGAGUAAAUUUAUUUGUUGGUGGCCUUCCACCUCAGCUUUCCCCUGAAGAAUAUACAAAUAUUCUCAAGGAUGAAUUAACUAUCAAAACAAAUGUAGUGUCUGUGAGUCAUGUUUAUCAAGCACAAGGUGCUGUUGUACUAGAAAUUUCAUGCUUUUCUGAAGCUGAGAGAAUAUAUAUGCUAGUUAAAGAUACAACAGUCAAUGACAAGCCUUUGAAUGCCGUGGUGAUUCCUGAUGUUAUGGCUUCCAAGAUACCACAGAACUGCUGCCCACUUCUUGUAUUUGUGAAUCCAAAAAGUGGUGGUCUGAAAGGUCGGGAUUUGCUGUACCAUUUUAGAAAGUUGCUAAACCCACACCAGGUCUUUGAACUUACCAAUGGUGGCCCGCUGCCUGGGUUUCACACAUUCUCUAAAGUUCCUUCCUUCCGAGUGCUGGUGUGCGGAGGGGACGGCACUGUUGGCUGGGUCCUUGGGGCGCUGGAGGAGAUCAGGCACAAGCUGGUGUGCUCAGAGCCGUCGGUUGCCAUCUUACCCUUAGGAACAGGUAAUGACUUAGGGAGAGUCUUGCGCUGGGGAGCUGGCUACAGCGGGGAGGACCCCUACUCAAUUUUGGUUUCCGUGGAUGAGGCGGACGAUGUUCUUAUGGAUCGCUGGACUAUCCUUUUGGAUGCAGAAGAGCCAGCCGAAGGUGCAGAGAAUGGCAUUGCGGAACCUGAGCCUCCAAAGAUUGUACAGAUGAACAAUUACUGUGGUCUUGGCAUUGACGCAGAGUUGAGCUUGGACUUCCAUCAUGCUAGAGAAGAAGAACCAGGGAAAUUUAAUAGCAGGUUUCACAACAAAGGCGUUUACGUGAAAGUUGGACUGCAAAAGAUAAGUCAUACCAGAAACCUUCACAAAGACAUAAAGCUUCAAGUGGACCAGCAUGAAGUGGAGUUACCAAGUAUAGAAGGACUCAUUUUUAUUAACAUACCCAGCUGGGGGUCCGGAGCUGAUCUCUGGGGGUCUGAGAGUGAUAACCGCUUUGAGAAACCACGUAUCGAUGAUGGCCUGCUGGAAGUUGUUGGUGUGACUGGCGUUGUUCACAUGGGUCAAGUCCAAGGUGGUUUUCGAUCGGGGAUCCGCAUAGCCCAAGGCUCAUAUUUCCGUGUAACACUUCUAAAGCCAAUUCCAGUUCAAGUUGAUGGAGAGCCCUGGAUUCAGGCCCCCGGACAAAUUAUUAUUUCUGCUGCAGGACCAAAGGUCCAUAUGUUGAAAAAAUCCAAACAGAAACAGAAAAAAACUGGAAGCCUGAGAGAAACGAGAGUGGAGAACAUGUCAGUCUCUGAAGGAGGACACUAAGUGCUGAGAAGUGAUGCAGCACACCCACUGUAGAUACCAGGAUGGUUCAGUAAAACCAAGUGCAGAGGAGGGUUGUUUAUGAGUGUGCCUUUCAUUACAUUUCGAUAGUACUGGGUUGUACUUCGUCUUUCACAGUGCCUCAUCAUUACAAAUGCCUAUUAUGUACCACUCGUCUCAUCUGAAGUGUUUACUUUGGGUUGCUUUUCUAUAAGCCUUUUCCCGUUCUUUCAUGUAUGUAGAAACUGAGGCCAAACAGAGAUUCCAAGAUGCUGAGAUUUCUGCAUCUGCCUUCACAAAGACUCUUCACCUCCUCCCAGCUUCUUCUUAAUAUCAUUCCAUACAUUAAUUUUGUUGCAUUAUUCCUUGAAUGAAAAUGUGUUCCCUUAAAUUAUUGCUCGUGGUAGCCUCCCAGCCUAAAAAAGGCAAAGACAUGAGCUGCUGAGAACUCCUUGGAUCAGUCCAAAUAGCACAGCUGAAACAGUACUGUCGUAAAGAGAAAAAUGAAAAACACAGGGGAGAUGAUUUCUAUAAAAGGAGCCCUGUGCAUUGGGAGGAAAGAAAGUACUAGAAAAGUUGCAUCAAAAUGUUUCAGACAGUUUACUUCAACAGUAUUUGGACAGUAUGAAUGACGAGGUAACAGCUUGCAUAGCAAGUUAUCCACUGCAGCUUAGUUUGUCCUAUAUUAUUUACCCAAAGUCUGUUUUUAAAAGGCAUUUGAAUUUAAAAGGCAUUUGUAAUGUGAAAAAAGGAACAAGAAUACCGGCGGCAGUAUUGCAUUAUACUAAUUAUUUUCUGUCACUGAAACCAUUAUCUUUGACACCAGACUUUGCUUCUUAUCUUUACUUGUUCUGUUUCAUUGUCACUAAUUUCCCACAUUUGGACUGUUAUUUAACAGCAAGCUCAAAGACUAAAAGAAUCAUCACUAAUGAGGGUAAAGAAAGUACCAUUUAGUGUUAAGUAAAUUAGCACAGUCAUAAGUUAGAGCUGAACUGAAAUACAGCGUAGCUUUGCUGAGAAGCCUUACAAGGUACUGAAGCCUGUAGUGUGCAUGUAACAUGCUGUGGGCUUCAGAUAACUGGGGAUGCAGUAGCGGUCAUGAAAACUCACUCACCUGCUCAGCCUUCUCGAGUUCCUGGUGGAUGCUGUUAUCGGCUGUGGGCCCAGGGAGACAGUAGCUGUCUUUUCUCACUUGGAUGAGUCUGUCCUCUUCUGAGGCUGUUCGUCUGUGAGACCGAGACCACCUCUCAGUGCUUACCCAUCUACUAAAGAUGUGGGGAUCCAGUACUUCUUACACGGCUUCCUGCUAGGGGCUAGCACUACAGCAGAUAUGCUGGUUCUGUCAUACACUGCAUAGAUCUGCUAUCUGUGGCCAUAGUUGUGUUGGUCUUCACUCACUUCUCAGCUGGUCUCAUCUCACUGUGGUUCUCCUGUGACUGAACCUUUCACUUCAGGUCAGCAUCCUACACCAGGGGCUCUCUGAGCCUGUUUGGUGCCACUUGUGUGCAUCCACUGCCUGAAGCUGCUUAAGCUGUGUCAACCAGAGCCCGGUUAGCUAGCCACUGGGCUUACCCUGCCCAAUAUUGCAUGAUAAUAGCAAAUUCAGCUAUGAAUGGCAUUAAUUUAGUAGUCUAGGGGCAGCUUUGGGAGCAUUUCUCUUGCCAGCGUGUCUAGAAAAACAUCUCCAGCUGCUUCAGAGGACUUCAAAAUACGCAAAAGCCAUUCUGUGGUGGAGCCAGUUAUGUUCUGAGCCAGUUCUUACUGGGUCUUGUUGAUCAGUGUGCACUUUAAGCAGUGUGCUAUCUUCAGGAACAUCUGAUCAUUACCUGUGCUUCCUACUUACAAGUGAGAUGAGGGUGUGAGUUUGGGUGUUGCAAGACAGUCAUUUAUAGCGACAGAGUGGUGCAGCUGGAGCUAGAGACAAAACAGACAUGCAAAAAUGGCAGCAUCUCCUUCUGUUCAGUGAUUCCUUCCGUUCUUAGUGUUCUGAUAGGGAAACAUCUGGAGGACCUACUCCUGUCUUCAAUGAAGCCUGUUAUUAAUUGUUUAAAUUGUUAGUUUAGCGAUAUUCUUAAGGUACCACCAUGUGGACUACAACUUACCUUUCUAUUCAGCAUGCAAACCAGACUCAUGCUGUGAAGGAGACAGUGUGGAUAGCACAAAGCUAAAAUCCUCCUCUCCUGAUCAUUAAACACCAGGUUGUCUCUGCUUCAGAACCUGGGCAUGAAGGGUCAGCUGGAGCUCUUCUGGCAUCCUGCUACCAGCAUUACAAGUAGGGAGAGUAAAGUGAUAUAUUUCAGUGUAUGCCCUCUCAAGAUGAAGUUCACAAAUUAGAAAGGAAAUCUGAAAUAAAUUGAUUCUUAUAACUGUCCAGAAACCCAGAGAGGCUGCUUUGUGUCCUCGAGGCCACAGAAAGAACUUAUGGUCUUCUUUCAAGUUUCUGACUCAGUAAUGGAGAUGAAAAUGUGGCUUUUUGUUACAGAAAACAUGCAAAAGCUUUAAGCUUGCUGGUUCUGACCAUCUUCUACAGCCCAAGGAAAUAAACCUGUUUUACUGUUUUUCCGGACAUAUAUCAUUCUGCAGCGUGCAUCUGACGCUAUUUCACGUUCCUGGCACAUUAAGAAGCUGGCUGUCUCUCCCUGUUGCUCAGUAUCUGUUAUCUGAAAUAACAUGAAGCUUUCAGGGCCACAGUAUUUUAAUCAGAAGGCCCCUUACUGUGGCAUAUCCUACCAUAGGGAUUUUCCAUCACUGGAAUGCUGUACAAGCCUGUCUCUGGGGUAGUGUUGUGGUAGCAAGGCGACACAGAUGUGUGAGUGUGUUCUCCUUGCAGCUGCUGGAGGGGAUACUGGUGGACAAGAAGGCUUUGAGUUUUCUUCUUUCUUUCCCUUUUGUCUUUUGUCAGAAACUGACUCCCACAUAUUGCUGGAGCAGAUGAGUGCCGCACUGGAAUGAAAAUGUAUCUUAAGGAAGCACACUCAGCAUUUAGGGACUCUUUGCAUCAUAAAUGAUUCUUAGUGUGUUUUGAAGACAAAACAGAUUCCUGGGUAGUUGUGAUAGGAAAGCUGUAGGGAGAAACUCAUUAUUUAACCCCUCUAUUAAGAUGUUCCAGUUUCAGGUACUGCAAAGGCCAGUAUAUCAAGAGUAGCUGUUUUCUUUGGGCAUUUUCAUCACGCUGGUAUCCAAUGAGACCUUGUAUUUUCUUUAUGUAAAACUUCCUUGAAUGGAGGUGAUAACUCUGAAGUGAAUACAAAACAUUUUGACUUAGCAUCUCACAAAGCAAUGCAGUGUAAUUUACAGGGUAGUGGGCAGAUUCUCAGCACUGAUUCUUCAAGUAAGAUUGUACGAGAACCUAGUGGUCACACAGGCAAGUGCUGUAAAUACUUCAGUAACUGAAGUGUUGGAGAGAAGGCUCAGUUCUGUCAAGAAAGGUGUUAAUGAACAUCAGGGACACAGGACCAGGAACUACAAUCUAGAGAGAGGAAGGAAAUGUAGGUGUGUUGCUGUCCUGAGCACACUCCUUCAUCCUCUUUUUCACUGCCCUGCCUUUUUACCGUGCCUGUAAACCAUGGCAGGCACAGAUAGCAUCUCUCUUGCUCAGAUAAUCCUGACCUCUUACUAGUGUCCUACUAGGCUUUGUCAGCAUGGAGAGGGGAGAGAAAGAUCCUGAAAAUCAUGAUACAUUUCAGAUAUCACAGUAUUGCACAUGAGAGGCAGUAGUCAGUUGGUUAAAGUCUGUUUUGAUGCGUAAGCAUAUCACCUCUGUCAUGAACUAAAGAGAAUCAAAAUUAAAAACUCAUCCUUGAGAUACAGAUCCUACUUCAGGAAAUUUGUUGCUUUUCUGCCAUGGCUUUUAUACUUGAUUUGUUCAGUUUAAAUUGCUUUCGUUGCAUAGUUAUUUUUAAAUGUAACUAGUAUUUUGCCAAAAACUUCUUAUUUCUAUGUAUAUAUGUGUGUAUACAGAUCUGUGUAUGCAUACAUAUGCACAAAACCUUUGAAAACAGGCUGUAUUGUAUUUCCUUUUGUGGUGCCUACCUGUACAGCUUUCACUGUAUUAACAACACUCUAGUAGAACUCACUUUUGGAUCUUUCUGUCAUCAGUUUUGGACAGGAGGCAGAGCUUGCUUUCUUACUGGUCCCAAUGAGGUUCCCAGCACAUAUUUCUAAGCAACAUGUGCUUUUCAACAAGACAGAAUGGCAAUAUAGUGAAAGCACAGCUGUGUUUAGAUUACAGUUUCUGCAUGUGUACAGUUUGAGCUUCUCUUAAUCAUUCUAGAUUUUAAUCAAGUUUUUGUGUGUCUAAAAUUAAUGGCAAUGGCUUUUAUAGCAUUUUAAAAACUAGAAGAAGCUGUAGCACAGUCCACUGUGAGCCUUAAAUAAGAAGCAAAGCUAAAUGAACUGUUAUAGACAACUGUUCAUUAAUCUCCACAGUUACUCUCUUCUAAGUAUUGUACUGAUUGCAUUUCUUCAAAGAGCAAAUCAUGUACUUGUUUCGAAUACCAGCUGUUUGGGAUCGCUAAGCACGUGUGCAUGCACACUGCUCUGCAGCACAGUCUGCUGGUAUAUAGAUGUGUCAUUAUCAAAUGAAGCCUCGUUUUUGGGGAUGAGAAGGUAAGAGGAGCUGUUGUGGCACUGAAAAAGGACUUGCAUUGAAGGCACAACACGUGUAGCUGCAUAGGUGUUCUGUAACGUACUGAUCAUGCAAGCGGGUAUGCCGUGUGUGGCACAGGCGCCAGUCCAUGCUCCGGCACUGAAACUGGGGCACAGGGAGGUUGGAGUUGUGCGCUUGAGAUGCCUGACAGUAUUCUUUUAGCCUGCGCCUCAUACCUCUUCCUUAAAACCUCCGUAGUAACUGUGCAUUUUCUUUUUCGCUAGGCUGCCUUCCUGCCUUCACGCCGAAACUGGUAACAAAGGCACCAGUGUGUGGUUGUGAAUGCAUGUGGAGGGCAGGGGAAUGGAGAUCCUGCUUUAAAACACCUCUCCGGCUGUUGGGCUUAGACUGUUCAUUAAUUUCUAUUUUAGCUUCCACUUCAGCCCUUUAACAGCGAUGCAGCAAAGACUCAGCAACUACUGAACUACCUUGGAUUUGUGGUGACAGCAAGGCCUCAUUUUCAGGCUUUGAUGUUUUAUGCAUCAGUAUGUGUACCAGUUCAUACACUUUUUGCACUUAACAUGAAAUACAGGUUAGAUAGGCUGAGGGGGUGGCAAAAUUGCAGUGUUUGUACUUUUUUGUAAAUAUGGGGAUGAUUCUACAGAUACAAAGAUGCACUUUCAGGUAAUGAUGAAAACAAGUUUGUAGAAUGCAACUGUUGAGGAGUUUCUCUGACUGCAGCGUUCCUUGAUCCGCAUCCAUCUCUAAUACUGCGUUCUCCUUGAAAGCUUGCUUGGGAAUGAGAGAUGGUAUCUUGCUCCCUUUGCAGUUUGCAUUUAUAGCUCACUGACUGAAAGUUUAUAUGUAUAUUUGUAAACAAUUACAAAUUGGCUGCUAUUCUAAGAUUUAGGUUUAUUAAACUGAUUUAAUAGUCCAUAAAGGUAAUGUUAAAGUUGUAUUUAUAAUGUCAACAUUUACUGAUUUGACACUUGGCUUGUAGGAGAGAUCCAGCUCAAAGCCUUUUUUCCUUAUGCUAUUUUAAUGUAUUUUUUUAAGUCUAGCCAUUGUAUGUGCGGAACGCAGUGAAAUGAAUGCAAAUUAUGAUUCCUAACCUGCAGUUGGACCAGCAUUUUAAAUGUUUACAGGACAGUGACUAUUGAUUGUAAACCCUUACAUUUCAGUUGAAAUAGUGCACUCCUUCCCUGUUUUGGAAGCAUCGUUUCUGCUUCCCAUGACAAUUAAUGAAAUAGUUGCCUUCUGGUUUAGAUUCCUGGUUAUGUCCCUUUGUAGAGGUUUAAGUGUGGACUAUGACUUUUCUGCCAAGGACUCACAGGACAGAAUUUCUACUGAUAGAAGUGUUGUAUUGAAUGUGUUUUCCAAAACAUUGACUAUUUUUUGUGAAGAUAAUUUAUGAGAAUGUUUUGUAAGCAGAUCAGUGUUAUUGAAAAAGUUGGUCUGAAUUCUAGAGAUAAAUGUGUGUAUUAAAGAUGUAUCCAAAGCAAAAUCUUUUUUAAUAGGGCGCUGUUACUGGUGUAGUUAUCCCACUGAGCUCUCCUAGCACACACCCAUUUAACAAGUCACUGUGCAUAGCCAAGUGUGUUAUUUAGGAGAUGACCAGAUUUCAGAUGUGGCUUCGUUUAUGUUGUGUGUAUCCCAUGUUACACCUCUGGCAGCGACUCCUAAUAUGCACAUCAGCUGUAGAAGGCACAGUUUUUCCCCCGAACAAAUCGCUGCAGGUGAAGGAGCAGAGAGCCCGCCCUUGUGUGUGACUGCAGGAGUGCCACAGGUGUGGUGCCUGUUUGGCUCUUGGAGUCCUCUCUCACUGUCUGCAGAGUGGGCCACACGUCAUCCUUUUGCUCUCUGAAGGAAGGAAGAUGCAAAUCAGUAUGUGCCUGUGUAAAACAUUUAACAGCUUGCCUCACCACGGCAUCCCUUUGUGCUGCUGAUCUUGCCAAACUGGGUAGCAAGAGGUGCUUGAAGAAUUACUGAGUAUUUAUUGUGUAAUUUUAGGUGCUUAUAAAACCUUCACUGCUAUUUUAAAGCAAAAUUCUGGGGAUUUGUAGCAUAGCAAUAGCUGUAUAACUCCAGCUUUCCGAACACGCCAAAAGCAAGUUAUCCUUGGGAUAGUUAGUUAGCAAUGGUGUAGAUAGUAGCAAUCAAUACCUUGAAGCUGUAAGUUCUGAUUAUUGGAAGGGAGCAUAUCUGCUCUGAAUGCAAAGCAUCACAGAGUUUGUAAUUCACUAUAGAUUUCAGCAUCCCUCCUACCUAUGAACCACCUAUGACGUCUUAACUCUUCUCAAAAUAUGGCUUAACUAUUGCUUAAAUAACUGUGUUUUUCACCCCUGGUUAUUUAUAUCGUAGAGCUUCAAGCAGUUUUACAGAUGUUAUUUUAAUAUCAAGAUAGUGUAAUGUGUCUCAUAGCAUUUCUUGUGAAUGUUCUAAUAAUUGGUAUUAAAUCAUCUUGGCCCAACAAGCCAAGGUAAGCUGACCACUGAACAGCUCAGUUAUUGUCUAGUGCUUAUUCUCUGUGCAGCUGCCUAAUAACUGUCAGGAAAAAAAAAAAAGCGUAAGUAUAAGUAUUAAAGUGGUUGAAAGCUGUUUCCACAUUGUGUGCCUCAAACCAGUAAUCACAUGUUUACUUGUGGAUUGGUCUCAGAAAUAGGCUUUUAAUGAUGUAACUUGUUUCUCAGUGUCCACCUUGCAAACGAGACACGUCACUAUGCUGUGGUAACUUGUCUUCAAGUAACGUACCUAGUGUACUAAUUGGUUUUAAAAAAGUAAUUUAUAAAAGAUUGACUUUUCUUUUAUAUUUAAACAUCUGUUUGUCCUUGGGUUAUGUUCUUAGAACAAUUCUGUAUAUAUUUUGCAAUAUGUGUUGUGUGUUUAAUUUGAUUGUACAUUUUGCACUGAUUUGAAAUUCUGUAUUCUAAGUAUUAUUGACAAGUUCCAGAGAUCUGUAACUAGAAUUUGUCUGAAAAAUACAACAUCUCUUCUACCCUUGAUGAU